AUGAAUCCUCUUAGCGCGUGGAAACCAGGUCCCGGACCUCUUUACUCUACGAUUACCGGACUUUGGGAGACUUUCGGACUACCUUCACCACCUGUCGAGUACAGAACAUGGGUCAGCGGUACAUCUCCACUGAGUACGCAAAAGGCGGUUGUUGCGGCAAUUGGCACAUAUCUCUUGGUCAUCUUUGGAGGAAGAGAGAUUAUGCGCUCGAGAUCAGCUUACAAGCUCACGCCUCUCUUCCAAGCUCACAACUUGUUCCUCACCGCUAUCUCUGCCCUCAUUCUUGGCUUGAUGGUUGAAGAGAUCAUUCCCCUCUACCUCAAACAUGGAUUUUACUGGAGCAUCUGCAACACUACAGCUUUCACUCCGCGAUUGAUCACCUACUACAUGCUUAACUACUACGUCAAGUACAUCGAACUCAUCGACACUGUCUUCCUCGUCCUGAAAAAGAAGCCUCUCGCUUUCCUGCACGUCUUCCACCACGCCGCGACUGCGAUCCUGUGCUUCACUCAGCUCGAAGGAGAGACGUCUGUGCAAUGGGUCGUCAUCACCCUCAACCUCACUGUCCAUGUCAUUAUGUACUACUACUAUUAUGCGACUGCUGGUGGAGCCAAAAUCUGGUGGAAGAAAUACCUCACCACGAUGCAAAUCACACAAUUCGUCAUUGACCUGUUCAUCACCUACUUUGCCAGCUACCAGCACUUUGCACACAAGUACACCUCUCUACCUCAUGUCUCAGACUGCGCAGGUAGCGAGGGAGCUGCUCUUUUCGGCUGUGCUCUAUUGACCAGCUAUCUGUUCCUUUUCAUUGCGUGA